AUGGCAAUCACCCACUUAACAUCCAUUUCUCAGUUGACCACUAUAUUAUCCGGGUCCAACGAUAAGUUGACGGUCAUAGAUUUCCAUGCAACGUGCGAAUACCCUAGUGUUAACUUUCUGAAAUGUGAUGUUGACGCCGCGAAGAACGUCGCAUCCGCAUACGGUGUUUCAGCUAUGCCAACGUUCGUAUUUCUUAAGGGUGGUAAGCAAGUGCAUACGAUUAAAGGCGCUGACAAGCAGGGACUCCAAAACGCGCUGAAACAACUUACCGGUCCCACUGCUGGCACGUUCCCUGGCCAAGGACAAACUCUCAGAGGUUCCCCGUCUAGUGAUGACCGGGGGUCAACGUGGACAAAUAUGGAUCCCCAGCUCAAGAUAUUACUAGCUCUGGUGGCUGCAUAUAUUUUCUUCUGGCUGAUGUAG